GGAGUCUAAAAAUAUUGUCAUAUCAUAAUGAGUUUUCAACCAGCAGCAUCGUCAUCAUCAUCACCAUAUUAUUCAUCAGAUGUGUCAAAUUCGAAUUAUUUAACUCAUACUAACACUGAUUUAAGCGAUAAUCAUGUUGAUAGAGAAUAUUUUCAGCAAAAAAUUUAUUAUUAUUUGAAUGAAUUACGUAAUUUUGUUCAACAAGCACCUUUUGAUAUUCAAACAGGAAUUUCGGAAGAUAUGAUCACACAAUUGGCGCAUAUAUUAGCAGAGGGUAAAAUAUUUCCAACGGUUUCUGAGUUAGUCAAUAGUCAACGUGUCGAAGAACAAAUAUUGCAUAAACAAUUGAUUGAUUUACGUGCUGAACAAUCUGCUUGUCGAUCUGCUUUAAGACGAAAACAUAAAGAAGAAAUGUCUAUAAAUGCAUCUCGACCACAUCAUCUACCGGUGUUACAAAAAGAACAUGAACAAGAAAUGCACCGUUUAUUGAAAAAUCAAACUGAUGCUUUACGUAAUCUAUCAUUAAGAAUAUUGGAUUCAUUAGAUGGACGUGUUGUUGAACAACAGCUAACUUUAGAACGUAUAGGUGUCCCAGCAUUUCUUCGAACAACAAAUGCUCAGAUAAUACGUAUUCAAAUGAGAAUUUUAGAUUGGAUUGUACGUUUAAGUCGUCGAUCGUUACCACAAUCCUCAAGUUUAUCGAAUUCUGAAACUAUAUCAUCUACAUGGCCUCCAUGAAUCUCAUAAUGUAUAUUAAACGUUUUCAUUGUAUCUCAUUUUCGUCAGGAUGUAUUUGAAAGCAUGAUUUUAUUUUCAAUUCAACAUGUUUUACAAGUUUAUUGUUAUUAUUUGUUAUUUAUCAUUAUGAUCUUGAUUUUAUAUCUGAUUAAAGCCACAAAACAGUUUACAUUAUAUAAAAUUUAUAGGUUGUAAAGGUUUAAACUUUAG